UUUCCCAAAUGAAGUUCAAAGUUUUAUACGUAGUAUAAGUAUAAUCACAUUCAAAAAAAAAUAUAACAAUUAACAAGUAUAACCAAUUUGACACCUAUAGCUUUAGCCUGUCCAGAUUACAUGCUCCAGCAACAUUGCUGUCAGGAUCUAUCUCCAUCUCAACAACAGGCAUUUAUCACAUAAAUUUACACGAUCAAUACUGACUUUUUGGAGAGUUCAGCUUCUUUUUUUACCAAAAUGGCAAUAUCUGAAAACAAAUUUACCAUUUCACUCAAAAACAGUAACUUCUCCGUUCCAGCUGCAAGAAGCAACAACAUUUGGCAUCACAGGAUGGAAGACGGCAUCUACGCAAGCUUCAUCAUAUGGCUUGAUCUUAUUGUUCAGGUGACCUUAUUUGGAAUUGUAAAAGCAGAUAUGUCCAUCGGAGGACCCACUUACAAUGAUAGUCCCAUCCAACUUGAAAUUGCAUUUGUGGGGAAUCCGGUCACACUAUAUUUAUCCAGUCUGAAAGGAGGGGAAGUAGAGAAGAUUGCUAUGUUAGUUUCCAUUUGAUUUUGCAAUAAAGUAGGCAUCAGAAGUGUGGGAUCGUAUAGAGGGACAGGUAUAGGCUUCACUGUAGACCUGAAAGAAAUCCCUCGGAGAAGCUUAGCAUUAUUAGUACAUUAUAUCAUGUCGAGAGUACAAAUGAUGUUGCAUUCUUGCAUCAAGAUUAUAAUAUUUGAACAGCAACUCAAAGCAUUAAUGGAUCUUGGUUUCACAUUAUCCUACAACUUGGUCCUCCUUGAAUAUCUGAGUUUCAACUCCUUUUUCAACAUCAGUUGGCCUCGAAGAGCAGUCAUAUCCACAUGAGAGCACAGAGAGCCCAUUAUGUGACCACUUCACAUCUUUUACAGCAGCAGUGUGAUGAGUGAAUACGCGCACUUUCUUAUUACCUUUACUCCAAACACUCCAUAUGCAAACAGUUUGAUCCAGGCCAACAGAUGCAAGGUGAGCUGAAGACUAAACACUUUAUUCAUAAACCGGGAUAUGGGGUGUUUUUUGCUCACUCUCUUCAUGGCCCUUCGUUCUGUUUGGGCUUUAGCCGCUUAGGACCUUUCUAGGUGUCCAUAAAGCUAAUAUUUUUAAUAUGGAGUAUCAAAUUUAUCGUUUUACAUGCUCUAGCCUUGUAAUCUCUAGAUAUCAUAUAUGCAUUUAAAGAAUAAUAUCAAUAAUUAAAAUGUAUCUAUGAGUUUAGAGUUUUUGGUCGAGAGAAAUCAAAUAGUUCAACUUAAUAGUUUAACAUAGUACGGAGUUGUAUAUUUUAAUAUAUCACGUGUGAUUCACACGUUUGGCUUAUCUUUAAUUAGGCAUGGAGCUGGGCCGGCCCUGGUUCUAAGUAAUUGAAACCCCGUACUGACCCAGUAGAGUUCUAUUCUGUUCACCCCCCUUCAUGGAGGGUGAACACCACCCCCUCCCUCCAACACAUGACACUUGGCAAGACUUUUAAAUUUUGCAAUUGUAAUGCCAAGUGUCGUGUGUUGGAGGGAGGGAGUGAUGUUCACCCUCCAUGAAGGGGGUGAACAAAAUAGAACACGACCCAGUAUGCAUUAGUACCAGUCCCGGUUGGUCCUAGGUCGGACCGCCUAGCCGCCUAGGCCACCCAAGUCCAGUCCAUCCCUAUUUCAAUUGCCAUUGAAUGAUGAUGCAUUGUUAUUAAAACUAUUAUUAAGAGUUAGAGCCCAUUUGGUAACCAUGUUUUUUCGACUUAUUAGUCAAUAUUUUCACCAAACGCGUAAAUUUUGAUUCUACGCGCUGAAUUGUGUAAUAAUAAGAAAAUGUAAGGUUGGAGUUACUUUUCUGGAUGUAUUGGUUGAAGUUACAAUCAAGGAUCAUUUUAACUAUUUUUUCUUUAUUUUAUUAAUAAAAUAUAUUUUAAAUAUUUUUUUUCACAAAUCAGUAUAUUCAACCAAUGCAACCAGAAUUUCAUAAAUUUCAACAAAAUCAGCUGAUUUUGGCAUUACCAAACGAGCUCUUAUUGUUUCUGUCAAUUUCGUGAAAUCAUUAUUGUGUUGUAUAUAUAUUUAUUUAUUAUAUGUGGUUGUAGUUUUGAAAUUUUCAAGAAAGCAUUAUUAAAAGGGAAAAUGGAAACUAAUAAUCCAACCUUUUAGCGGUCUUCUUACAAUAGUCCCACCUUUUGAUUAUUCAUGAAUAAUCCAACCUUUG